CACCUGACAAGGUAAAAAAAAAAAAAAAGUAACAUGUCGCCAUUCAAGACAGAGAGAACACUUUAGCGCUCUCAAUUUAACAAGCAAUGAAAGAGAGCCCAGCUGUGUGUCUAUGAAGAGUGGCCGCACCAUGUCUCACUCUCCUGAUUUCAGCAACGAUAGAGAGCCCAGCUGUGUGUCUAUGAAGAGUGGUCACACCAUGUCUCAACCUCAUGAUUUCAGCAAAGAAAGAGAGCCCAGCUGUGUGUCUAUGAAGAGUGGCCACACCAUGUCUCACUCUCCUGAUUUCAGCAACGAUAGAGAGCCCAGCUGUGUGUCUAUGAAGAGUGAACAGUCCAUGUCUCAACCUCAUGAUUUCAGCAAAGAAAGAGAGCCCAGCUGUGUGUCUAUGAAGAGUGAACAGUCCAUGUCUCAACCUCAUGAUUUCAGCAAAGAAAGAGAGCCCAGCUGUGUGUCUAUGAAGAGUGAACAGUCCAUGUCUCAACCUCAUGAUUUCAGCAAAGAAAGAGAGCCCAGCUGUGUGUCUAUGAAGAGUGAACAGUCCAUGUCUCAACCUCAUGAUUUCAGCAAAGAAAGAGAGCCCAGCUGUGUGUCCACAGGGCUUCCUCCUGUUUUCAACAGUUUUCAACCUGUGUCCUCUGACCCACAGCAGCACAGAACAGAACUCAACAAACACACUAUGGUGGAUGAAACUCAAGACCAGCAGGAUUCUUAUAAACCAGUGGAUGAUGUCCUGGAAAAAGUCUCAGAGGCAUACAAAACCAGCAUGAAGAACAAGUACGAGAGCUUAUUUGAGGGAAUCAGAACAGAAGAGAAUAAAACUCUCCUGAACAGGAUUUACACACAGCUAUACAUCAUAGAGGGAGAGAGUGAAGGAGUGAAUGAAGAACAUGAGGUUCUACAGAUGGAGAAAACAUCUAGGAAACACCUACAAGACACUCCAAUUAACUGCUUAGACAUCUUUAAACAUGUACAAGGUCCAAAAGAAGAACUGGAUAAAGAGAACACUGGGGCUGUCAAGAUUAAAGAUGUUGGACAGAAAGACAGAAAUGAUGAUGGAGGACAAAAAAUACAAAAUCUCAGAACUGUGCUGACUAAAGGAAUUGCUGGAAUUGGAAAAACUGUCUCUGUGCAGAAGUUCAUUCUGGACUGGGCUGAAGGAAAAGCCAAUCAGGAUGUAGAUUUCAUGUUUGUGCUUCCGUUCCGGGAGCUGAACUUGAUUAAAGAUGAUCAAUACAGUCUUCAUGGACUUCUGUGUGACUUCCAUCCUGAACUCAAAGAUCUGGACCCAGAGAUUUAUGAUCAGAUCAAAGCUGUGUUUAUAUUUGAUGGUCUGGAUGAAAGCAGAAUUCCACUGAACUUUAAACAGUGUGGGAAAGUAUCUGACAUCACUAUGACAUCAUCAGUGAGUGUGUUGAUGACAAACCUCAUCAAAGGAGAGCUGCUUCCCUCUGCUCUGAUCUGGAUAACCUCCCGACCAGCAGCAGCCAAUCAGAUCCCUCUUAAAUACAUCAACCGUGUGACAGAAAUUCAGGGAUUCAGUGACGCACAGAAGGAGGAGUACUUCAGGAAGAGGAUCAGUGAUGAAGACCAAGCCCAGAGAAUCAUCUCCCACAUUAAGACAGUGAGGAGCCUCCACAUCAUGUGCCACAUUCCAGUCUUCUGUUGGAUCUCAGCCACUGUUCUUCAGCAAAUCAUGAAACAGCAUCAUACAGAAAUCCCUAAAACUCUGACUGAAAUGUACUCACACUUCCUGAUCACUCAGACAAACAUGAAAAACGAGAAGUAUGAAGAGAAAGAUAAGAGAGACCCAAAGAACCUGCUGGAGUCCAACAGAGCAAUUCUUCUGAAACUGGCUGAACUGGCUUUCAAACAGUUGAUGAAGGGCCAUGUGAUGUUCUAUGAAGAGGACCUGAGAGAGAGCAGCAUUGAUGUCACUGAGGCCUCAGUGUAUUCUGGGAUUUUCACUGAGAUCUUUAGGGAGGAAUGUGUGCUUUACCAGAGGAAGGUCUACUGCUUUGUUCAUCUGAGCUUUCAGGAGUUCCUGGCAGCUGUCUUUGUGUUUCACUGCUAUGAGAGCAAGAACAUGAAGCCACUGCAGUGUUUAACACCAAAGAAAAAACGAUGGUCUAAAAAUGUUGCACUGGAUGAGGUGCUUGAUCGAUUACUGCAUAAAGUAUUGAAGAGUCCAAAUGGACACCUGGAUCUUUUCCUCCGUUUUCUGCUGGGAAUUUUGCUGGAGUCCAAUCAGAGACUCCUACAGGGUCUACUGACACCCACACAGAAACAUCCAGAGAAAAUUAAAGAGAACAUCAAGAGAAUAAUAAAAUCAAAUACACAUGGACAAUGUUACAUCACAGCUGACAGAUCAAUCAAUCUGUUCCUCUGUCUGUCUGAAAUGAAUGAUCAGUCUCUCUCCAGAGAGCUUCAGGAGUAUCUAAAAUCAGAGAAAUGUUCAGAAGAGGCUCUUUCUCCUGCACAGUGUUCAGCACUAGCCUAUAUGAUUCUGAACUCAGAGGAGGUUCUGGAUGAGCUGGACCUGAAGAAAUACAGGACAUCAGAGGAGGGUUAUAAGAGAUUGAUUCCAGCAGUGACUGUGAGCAGGAAGGCUAUACUCUCUGCCUUUAAUCUCACCAUGGAGUCCUUUGAAACACUCUGUUCUGCUCUGCAAUCAGCAAAUUGCCCUCUGAAAGAGCUGGACCUCAGUAACAAUAACCUGCAGGAUUUAGGAGUGGAGCUGCUCUCUGAUGGACUGAAGAGUUUGCACUGCAAACUGGAGACACUCAGACUCGCUGGUUGCAAUCUCACCAGGAAGACCUGGGAAAAUCUCUUUUCUGCUUUACAAUCAGCAAACUGCCCCCUGAAAGUUCUGGACCUCAACAACAAUAACCUGCAGGAUGCAGAAAUGAAGUUGCUCUCUGCUGUACUGAAGAGUUCACACUGCAAUCUAAACACAAUUGGACUAGCUUUCUGUAAACUUGGGGGCAAAACUUGUGAAAUUCUCAGCUCUAUUCUACAAUCAACAAACUCCUCUCUGAAAGAGCUGGACCUCAGUAACAAUGACCUCCAGGAUUCAGGAGUGGAGCUGCUCUCUGCUGGACUGAAGAGUUCACAGUGUAUACUGGAAAUGCUGAGAUUGUCUGGUUGUAUGGUUACCGACAAAGGAUGUUAUUUUAUGGCUUCAGCUCUGAAAUCAAACCCCUCCCACCUGAGAGAACUGGAUCUGACCUAUAAUGACACAGGAGAGUCUGGAGUGAAGCUGUUCUCUGAUCUACUGGAGAAUCCAAACUGCACACUGAAGAAACUACAGGUGGAUCAUGGAGGAAAAAUCAGGAUGAAACGAGGACUGAAGAAAUAUGCUGUUGAUCUCACUCUGGAUCCAAACACAGUGAACAGGCGUCUCUCUCUGUCUGAGGGGAACAGAAAGGUGGAGUGGAUGAAAGAAGAUCAUCAUUAUCCAGAUCAUCCAGACAGAUUUGAUCACUGUCAUCAGGUUCUGAGUGUGGAGAGUCUGACUGGACGCUGUUACUGGGAGGUUCAGUGGAGCGGGAGAACAGCUGUUAUAUCACUAUCACACAGAGGAAUCAGGAGGAAAGGACACAGUGAUGACUGUGAGUUUGGAUACAAUAAUCAGUCCUGGAGUCUGAACUGCUCUGGGAACAGAUACUUUAUCAGGCAUAAUAAUCAGGAAACCGAGAUACCUGUCCCUCCCUCCCCCUCUAACAGAGUAGGAGUGUAUCUGGACUGGGGAUCCGGCACUCUGUCCUUCUACACCAUCUCACCUGACACACACACACUGACCCACCUACACACACUCUACACCACAUUCACUGAGCCGCUCUACACUGGUUUUAGGAUUUAUUACUCCUCAGUGUAUCUGUGUGAGAUAGAAUAACAUUUACACAGUGUGUGUGUGAGAGUGUGUAUAUGUGUGUGACAUACAAUAAUCUCUACACAGAGUGUGUAUGUGUGUGUGAAAUACAAUAACCUCUACACAGAGUGUGUAUGUGUGUGUGCGAUACAAUAACCUCUACAUAGGUGUCAACACACAAUCACAGUACAAUAAUGACUAUGUGUAUGAGUGAGUGAUGGUAGGAAUGUAUGUUUUACUUUUUGUUUUAUAUUAUUUUAUUUUUAUUUUAUUUACUACAUGUAAAUGUUUGUCUGAUACUGUGCACUGUGAGCUCCUGUAACCAAACCAAAUUCAUUGUAUAUGUAAGCAAACCUGGCCAAUAACCCUUGAUUCUGAUUUUGAAGAACAUGCAAACUUGUGAAAGAAGUGUGUGUAUGUGUGUGUGAGAUACAAUAACCUCUACAUAGGGCUUAAGAGUGUACUGUGACUGUGUGGCUUUUCAUCACAGUACGACUGUGUGUGUGUGUGUGUAUGAGUGAAUAGUGGUAGAAAUUAUGUUUUUUUUGUAUUUUAUUUACUACAUGUAAAUGUUUGUCAGAUAGUGGGCACUGUCAGCUCCUAUAAGCAAAACCAAAUUCAUUGUAUAUGU